CAGCCCCGCGCGCCCGGGAUCGUCCAUGGGGCCGAGCGGCGCCCGCUGAGGGAGGAGGGGACGGGGAGCAGCGGGAGUCGGUGCCGGCCGCCAUGCAGCAGGUCUUAGACAACCUUACUGAUCUGCCGACAUCGACAGGCGCUGAAGAAAUAGACCUGAUUUUUCUUAAAGGAAUUAUGGAAAACCCCAUCGUAAGAUCGCUUGCUAAGGCUCACGAGCGACUGGAAGAUUCUAAACUUGAGGCUGUCAGUGACAACAACCUGGAGCUGGUGAAUGAAAUUCUUGAAGACAUCAGUCCCUUAGUAAAUAAGGAUGAAAAUGUUGCAGAAUUGGUUGGAAUACUCAAGGAGCCUCAUUUUCAGUCACUCUUGGAAGCACAUGAUAUUGUGGCUUCAAAAUGUUAUGAUUCCCCUCCUUCUAGCCCAGAAGUCAAUAAUUCUUCCGUGAACAACCAGGUUGUUCCAGUAGAUGCUAUUCGUAUCCUUGGAAUUCACAAAAGAGCAGGAGAGCCUCUGGGAGUCACAUUCAGAGUGGAGAACAACGAUCUGGUAAUAGCCCGAAUUCUUCAUGGAGGAAUGAUAGAUCGGCAAGGUCUUCUGCACGUAGGGGACAUUAUUAAAGAGGUGAAUGGCCACGAGGUUGGAAACAACCCAAAAGAACUGCAAGAACUGCUGAAAAACAUCAGUGGAAGUGUCACUUUGAAAAUUCUCCCCAGCUACAGAGACACUGUCAUUCCUCAACAGGUUUUUGUGAAGUGUCAUUUUGAUUAUAAUCCAUAUAAUGACAACCUCAUCCCAUGCAAAGAAGCAGGUUUGAAAUUUUCUAAAGGAGAAAUUCUUCAGAUUGUAAACCGGGAAGAUCCGAAUUGGUGGCAGGCUAGUCAUGUCAAAGAAGGAGGAAGUGCAGGUCUAAUUCCUAGCCAGUUCCUGGAAGAGAAGAGGAAGGCUUUUGUUAGGAGGGACUGGGACAACUCAGGGCCUUUCUGUGGAACAAUAAGCAGCAAAAAAAAGAAAAAGAUGAUGUAUCUCACUACAAGAAAUGCAGAAUUUGAUCGCCAUGAAAUCCAGAUAUAUGAGGAAGUAGCCAAAAUGCCUCCUUUUCAGAGGAAAACCCUGGUCUUGAUUGGGGCCCAAGGAGUGGGGCGAAGGAGUUUGAAGAACAGGUUUAUUGUGCUGAAUCCUACUAGAUUUGGAACUACAGUGCCAUUUACUUCACGGAAGCCAAGGGAUGAUGAAAAAGACGGGCAAGCGUACAGAUUUGUGUCACGAGCUGAAAUGGAGACGGAUAUUAAAGCUGGCAGAUACUUAGAGCAUGGAGAAUAUGAAGGAAAUCUUUAUGGCACCAAAAUUGAUUCCAUCCUUGAAGUUGUUCAGACAGGAAGGACCUGCAUCUUGGAUGUGAAUCCACAGGCUCUAAAAAUUCUGAGGACUUCAGAAUUCAUGCCCUAUGUGGUGUUUAUUGCUGCUCCAGAGUUAGAGACUUUGCGAGCUAUGCACAAGGCUGUGGUAGAUGCUGGAAUUACAACCAAACUUCUCACUGACACUGAUCUGAAAAAAACGGUGGAUGAGAGUGCCCGGAUCCAGCGAGCGUACAACCACUACUUUGACCUGACCAUUGUAAAUGACAACCUGGACAAAGCCUUUGAGAAGCUGCAGACGGCCAUCGAGAGACUGAGGCUGGAGCCCCAGUGGGUCCCCAUCAGCUGGGUCUACUGAGUGUUCCAGAGGGAGCUUCAGUAACAAAUAAAGUCAGCAACAGCAAACGUGACGUGUAGAUACUGAUGAUAACCUACAGCACCUGUGCAUUUUUACUCUGUGUAUAUUCAAAAGUACACUGUUCUGAAUUUUUAUAAAAAUGUUGAAGAGAAAGUGUACUUAAAUAUGUAAUUUAUUUUAAUUUUUCUAACUUUUUACAGAUAACCUUUCUAUUCAUAUCACAUGAAGGAAAUGCGUUUAAGCAUUUUUCUAUGUUUUGAUUUCGUAUCUUUGCCUUUUUCAUCUAAGAAACUUUCAUUCACUUCAGCAUUUACAUCUUGGUCUUACAUUUUCACUGUGAUUAAAAAAGGAUACUUGAAACAAUUUUUGUAAAAUUUGUUAAUGUCAGUGUUUAACUGAUCAAAAGUCUAUAGCUCUUAUUAGGAAAGAACACUAAUUUCUUUGAGGUUUUUUUCUUCUUCAAAAAAUAAUAAUUUCAUGGGAGCAGAAUUUUAAAUAUUAAAAGCAGUAACAAAAACACAGGUCCAUUGCUCCAGCUGCUUUCAGCUUAAUGUUGGUGCAUUCCUGAUGUUUCAAAAGUUCUUGAUAUCUCUUGAUUUAGAUAACUUUUGUGUAGAUUCCCUUCUAUCUGUCUCCUAAAAUAACAUAGAGCAAUACCUUGCAAGCUGCUUAUUAUGCUUUCUUGGGAGCCAAUCUGUUAGCCCAUCACAGUUGAAGUACUGACAUUAGAAAGUCAUACGCAAGGUAAUUCAGUGCAAUUUGAAUAAUGGUGAAGUAGCUUGAGAGAGAACAUGAUAAUGUGGAGCCUUGUAGGUGACACUUAAUGUUUAGGACUAUUUAUUCAUACUUGUGAAAACACAUUGCUUAAAAAAAGAAAAAAAAAAGACAUUUUCUUUUCUUAGGCCAUUGUUCUGUAUUUGUGUAGUGAUCUGUGGCUUCAUUUCCUGUGAUUUCUAGCUGGGUUCUAAAUUAUCUUUUAAAUAUUUGUGUGUGAUUAAUUGCUGUAUUUUGAGUGUUGUGUAAUGGCAUUUCUGUGCUUUUUCUUACAUUGCUUUUAAUUGCAUUUUUCAUUAGAUAGCUUGUGAAUUGGAAGCUUACUGCUAAAAAGCAAUGUUGUUUAUAGGUUUUUUCAUUUACAGUGUAUUUCCUUUUCAGUGACAAUUCUCCCCUCAGUACGCUCAUUGAUAUAAUUCAUAUUAGGUUAGGUUCAGGUUCAUUGAUCAAAACUUAAGCUGAUGUAAAUUAAUGGGAACAGAAGGAAAAUACAGCUUGUUGCUCAGAUGAGCUCUUUUUGUGACCAUGUUUUAUAUGACACUGUCAGCUGUUGUAUAUAGUCACAUUCACCAUCACAUACUGGGUUAGGUGUCUAAACUGAAGUCAUCUGUUUAAUUCCUCUUCCAUCUGGUGACAGGCACCUGGCUCUGGAUUCCUUUUCAACACCAAAGUGUGACCUGGAAUGCUAUCAAAAGGCAUCUUCCUCAGAAGUAUUUCUGGAGGAAGACAGGCUUAGGCACUGUAAAACAGCAUUGCUUCCUGUGGCUCUCAAAAGACUUUUAUGUGCACAAGUAAAGAAAAAAUUGAGUGGAUGCAGUAGAGGAAAACUGUUUGAAAAAAAACUCAAAAACACCCGUAUGCAACAGAUGGUUUUUACACAGCCUGUAAAGUUGGUUGUUGUGGGGAAAGAGGGACAGAGGAGGCUUGAAAUCCCAGUGUGUGUGUGUGGAAAAUGUUAGUUAAACUUGUGUGUAGCACAGGAGAUCUUCUUGGCUCUUAAUACUGAGAUUUCAAAAUGUUUUUCAGAGGGAAUAUGAAAUUCUCCAAGGAAAAUUUGUACCACUGCUUUUUUAUUGUUAUGCUUUCCAGGAUGUGUUUUCUCUGUUUUUUUUUUUUUAAGUUUGGCAGAGCUCUCAGUUGUGGCACCAGCAUGGGACUUGUAGUUUUCUUUCCCAGGAGACACGUUCUGUGAUCCUGUUGCUCAGAGGCUGCUUUGAGAAGUGGCUGGAGUGUGGUGUGUAGCAGCAAAUGACAGCAGGGCUGUUGCUUGGCUAUUUCAGUGGUUUGCUUUUGGCACUCUGUGCUGA